AUGAGCCGGCCCGUCGCGGCGCGCGCCAGGCGUCGUCGUCGUCUCCUCCUGCUCGUCCUCUGUGAAGCGGCCGGCGCGCACCCAGCCAGCCCGCGCCCCUGCCUCAAGGCCAGCAGCCCCGCAGCAGCCACCGGCGAGCGCCCUUGGACGCUGGCCGCCGCGCACGCGACGCCCGCUCCAAGCCAUGCCGCCGCCGCCGCCGCCCCGGCGCCGCGACAGCCGCGACCGCCACGCGCGCCUCCUGCGGCGAAUAGAUCUGUUGUGGGAUCAGAUGCAGGCAGACACGUUCGCAAGCGCACGUCCAAAUCUGAGGCGGCGGCCCAACCCGCCCACCAUCCAGCAGCCUUCGAAGGCGAAGGAUGGGGUGAGGGUGGGGGACCACACGCCACUCCUCCAGCACGGCCCCUGCUGCCGAUUCGGCUCGGCCUCCUGGCUCGGCGGGGACGUGGCGCCGCCGAGGACUACAUGCUCAAACUUACAUCUAUGUUGUACCUCAACGGCCAAGCCUCUUUGCCAUGA